AUGACUUCCAAGAGAAAGAAUGACAAGGAAUCUUUCAAGGAAAGUCUUGAUUUGAAAAAGCAAAAGACUACAUUCACCAAAGAUGAAGUCAAAUCUUUCUUUAACAAGCAGAUCUGGGAUACAGAGUUUCAAUCGCAAGUGCAAAAGGAUGUUGCCCAAAGCUCACCUUAUAAAUGGGGAACCAUUAAGCCCUUGAUUGAUGAUACUUUGCUUCGCCAAGUGCGCAGAGAAGUCUUGUCUGAGAUAGCAUUUACCAAGAAGGAAACAGACAUUUACAAAGUGUACCAAUCUGGAGACUUGGCCAACUUAUCUGGGUUAGACUGGGACGACUUAUCAAGAUUGCCUUCUUUAUAUAAGCUCAGGGCAGCAAUCUAUUCCCAAGAGUUUAGAGAUGUUGUCUCCAAAAUUACCGGAUGCGGGAAAUUGAGCGGUGUCAAAACAGACAUGUCUGUUAAUACUUACACCAAGGGGUGUCACCUUUUGACACAUGACGAUGUCAUUGGAACCAGAAGAGUAAGUUUCAUAUUGUACUUGCCCGAUCCUGAUAAAGUGUGGAAACCCCAAUAUGGAGGUGCCUUACGUCUUUUUCCCUCAGUUGUGCCAAAUGUACCACACACCGAUUAUGAGUGCAAAUUGGUUCCACAAUUUAACCAGAUUGCCUUUUUCACAGUGCAACCAGGUCUAAGCUUCCACGAUGUUGAAGAGGUAAGAGAAGAACGACACAGAUUAUCAAUCCAAGGUUGGUUUCAUAUACCGCAAAAGGGCGAAGAUGGAUACAUUGAGGGAGAGCAGGAGAAAGUUGAAGCAUUAUCGACAUUACAACAACUUCAAAGUAAGGAAUUACAAGAGUAUGAUUAUCCAAAAUGUAUACCAAAGAGUCUAGUUAAAGAUGAAUUGGACUUACUCGAGACAUGCACGAGUUUGGAUGAGUCUGAUAUCAAUAUUUUAGAAAAGUUUCUCAACCCAGUGUAUAUAAAGCCUGAAACUUUAAAAACAUUGUGUCAGGUUUUCAUCGAAGAGUCAAUGGUUGAAAUCAAAGAUUUUUUUAAGCCCGAAUUUGCCGAUACUUUGAAAGAUUUAUUGCGAGAUGAAGAAAUUAAUAAGCAUACUCCACAAAAGUCAACUGAGGUCGAGCUUCCAUGGCAAGUUUCAGUGCCACCACACAAGCAGAGAUUUAUGUACAUUGAAGCGGGUGACAACAAAGAGUUGACACAGUCCGAGGAGUCCAAAGAGCCGGAAACAAAGUCUUGUACUGGUUUUGCCGAUGCCGAAAAGUACUUGCUAGAAAUCACCGAGUUUUUACGAUCUGCUGCAUUCAAGAAAUGGCUUAAGCUAAUAACAGAGUUGGUUCCAACCUCUGAAAGUAUUGUGGCCCGAAGAUUUAGACCGGGUCACGAUUUCAUUUUGGCCACAACGAUUGAAGAAAAUGUUGCACGCACAACCGAGGAGGAGAAUGCUUUACUCGAGGCGACACUUAAUUUAACUCCAACAGCAACUAAUUUGAAGAACUGGGAGUCUGGUGAAUUUGGAGGGUACGAAUUAUGCAUGAUGCAGACGAUCAAAAGUGGCAAACGAAAUGACAAAAGAAAUGAUAUCGGUGAAGAAAAAGAGGAGGAGGAGGAUGAUGAUGACCCGGCUAUAUAUAAAGCAGCAAAAGAUGGCGAGGAUGAUAGUGUUCUUUACACAAGUCAAUGUAAAUGGAAUUCACUAACAUUGAUGGUGCGAGACCCAUCGAUUCUCAAGUUUGUCAAGUACGUGAGUAUCAAUGCAAAAGGAUCAAGAUGGGAUGUGAGUUGCCAAUGGAAUAUAAAAAGCAUUGAUGAUGACAAUGAUGAAAAUGAUGAAAAAGAAAAAAACGAGGAGAAACAGGAAGAAGUAGGAAAUUAA